CGCACGCACGUACACACACACACACACACCGAGUGAUUCAUUCUUCCAUGUAAAUGUAUAACAGCAUUUGUAUGAAGAUGUUCUGACACAAUACAUUUAUGUGAUUCUAAUUAACAGGAAGGGUGUAGGAAUUGUUUAACUUGAAAUCCUGCAAUCACUUUUGCCAAUAUUGGUCCCACACACCCACAUUAGUAGAUGAUUAGCAAUAAUGUGUUUUGCUGUUCUUGGCUAAAUAUAUAUGUCUUGUUUUUCUUUAUAUAUAUAUCCUUAUAAUCUGUCGUCUUGUUGUAUACAAUUGAUUGUUUAGUCAAGUUCCGUAUUCACCAGUUCAUUGAACUAGUCCGGGGAGGUCUUGUGCUGUUCACCCCAGGAUCCCCUCCCUUUCCCAAGGCUAGAAAUUGACUGAAGCAUGGGUGACUGGAGCUUUCUGGGACGCCUUCUGGAGAAUGCUCAGGAACACUCAACUGUGAUCGGCAAGGUGUGGCUGACCGUCCUCUUCAUCUUCCGCAUUCUGGUGCUGGGCGCGGCCGCAGAGGAGGUGUGGGGAGACGAGCAGUCGGACUUCACCUGCAACACGCAGCAGCCCGGUUGCGAGAACGUCUGCUACGACCAGGCCUUCCCCAUCUCCCACGUGCGCUUCUGGGUGCUGCAGAUCAUCUUCGUGUCCACGCCCACGCUCAUCUACCUGGGCCACGUGCUGCACAUCGUGCGCAUGGAGGAGAAGCGGCGUGAGAAGGAGGAGGAGCUGCGGAAGGCGGGCUGGCGCAGCGAGGAGCUCCUCGGGCAGGAUGGUGGCGGGGGCGGCUACGGCGGCGGUGGCGGCGGCGGCGGUGGCGGCGGCGGCGGUGGCGGCGGAGGAGGAGGCGGGAAGAAGGAGAGGCCGCCGAUCCGCGACGAGCACGGGAAGAUCCGCAUCCGCGGGGCGCUGCUCCGGACCUACGUCUUCAACAUCAUCUUCAAGACCCUUCUGGAGGUGGGCUUCAUCCUGGGCCAGUACUCCCUCUACGGCUUCCGCCUCAAGCCGCUGUACAAGUGCGGCCGCUGGCCUUGCCCCAACACGGUGGACUGCUUCAUCUCCAGGCCCACUGAGAAAACCAUCUUCAUCAUCUUCAUGCUGGUGGUGGCCUGCAUCUCCCUGCUGCUCAACCUGCUAGAGAUGUACCACCUGGGCUGGAAGAAGGUCAAACACAGCGUCACCCACAAGUUCGCGGCUGACUGCGGGUCCCUGCGGCUGGGCCCCGGCGACGACGCCGGUGACCCCCGGGCGGUCCCCGAGUGCGCCACCCUGGUUUCGGACCACUGCCUGCAAGGCUACACCGGCAGGAGCACCAUGGAGCGGGUCCGCUACCUGCCCGUCCAGAACUCCUCCUGCGCGCUCGCCCUGAGCCCUGACGCGACGGCGGCGGCGACCACGGCGCCGAUGAAGAUCAACGCCGACGCCUUCCCCGACGACGACGGCUUCCUGCGCGGCGGCGAGGUCCCCGGGCGCCUGCCGGCGUUGGAGCUGAACUGGAGGAACGCGGCGCUGGAGGUGAGUGGUCCGAUGGGGAAGGCCGACUCGCCGGCACCUUCUGCGCUGGCGCCCUCCUACUGCUCCUCCUCCUCUUCCUCCUCCUCCUCCUGCGGGAAGAGUCGAGCUCCUCCCCGAUGGGAGGGGCCUCCCUCGCCGCGCCUGCCCUCCCUCCCCUCGCACCUCAUGUGGGACGAGGAGGCGGAGGACGGCGGCCCGCCCGGCCGCGUCACCGUGGUGACCAGGGCGCAGAUGCACAGGCCGCCUCCGGCCGCCGUGGCGACGGACGUGCGGAGGCUGAGUCGGGCCAGCAAGGUCAGCGGCCCCCGCGGGCGUCCCGACGACCUGGUGGUGUAGCACACACACACACACACACACACACACACGCUCGCUCGCAUGCAGACACGCACACACACA